AUCCCUCCUCUCUCUCUUUCUGUGGACAAAGCCGUACAAUUUCUCCCAAUCUCCCUCUUAGAUAGUCGAUUGCUUCGAUAAAUCUCUUCCGAAAUGGUCGAGGAGGAGGCGAAGCGGAAGGCGAUUUGAAAUUCAACAGAGAAAGAGAGAGCAAUGCAGCAAGUUCCGCAAUUGCAGCGAUCAGCUUAUGAGUAAUUCCCUUACAAGGCAUUAGUAUUUGGAAAGCUGGUUUUCUGAACAGUUGAAUUCAGAAGAGGGCACUAGGUGAUACUGAUCAUCUACCCGGCUGUGAAUAAGAUAUUUCAUCAAUGGAAAAAGGAGUUGGGUCUCGCCUCUUUGUUAAUGAUGGCUCAUUUAUGGAAAAGUUUAAGCGGCUUCAGCAAGAGAAGCAAGCAAAGGAGGCAGCAGUGGUAGAGUCUAAAUCUGGCACUCUAAGUAAUGCUACCGGUAGUAAGAUGGCAAUGGAUUCUAAAAGGAAUGAUACCCAGAAGUCUAUGCCAUCUAGUUCAAAUGGAAAACUUGCAUUUAGCUUGAAACAGAAGUCAAAACUUGCAGUAGCCCCUGUUAAGUUAGGUGCUGACGAAGAUGAAGAUGAAGGGGAUACAGGAAAUGAGACCAGUGAUGUACGAGCAAAACGGCAGAAAUUGGGUCAACCCGAUGCCUCCGAGCCAUCUUCAAAACAAGGGGAUGUUGCACCGUCUCCCCCGAAUGAUCCUGCAGUGAAGAAAGUUGCAGACAAAUUAGCAAGUUUUGUGGCAAAAAAUGGAAGACAGUUUGAGCAUGUUACACGUCAAAAGAAUCCUGGAGAUACACCUUUUAAAUUUCUGUUUGAUGUCAAUUGUGCUGAUUACAAAUACUAUGAAUAUCGGCUCCUCGAAGAGGAAAAGAUUUUUGCACAGAAAAGUGAUUCUCAAUCAUCACAUUCUGCUGGUACAAGUAAUUCAUCCUCUAGAACGUCAAUUGUUUCUCAAAGGAGUCCUGUUCAACAGCACUCUAAUUAUCAAAUGCCAGCUUCGGCUUUGUAUGAGGAUAAUGAGGACUCAAGGUCUUCCAUGAAUUCAUUUCAAGCAGCAUCAGAAGGAAGAGACCCCUCUCAUGGUGAAUCAAAUGGGCCUUCAGCUGCAGAUCCUAUAGCAAUGAUGGAAUUUUACAUGAAAAGAGCAGCACAAGAAGAGCGGCGGAGAGCGCCUAAACAGUCAAAAGAUGAAAUGCCGCCGCCUGCGUCUCUUCAAGCUCCAGUAAAAAAGGGCCAUCAUAUGGGUGAUUAUAUACCCCAAGAGGAGCUUGAGAAGUUCUUGUCUGCCUGCAAUGAUGCAGCUGCCCAGAAAGCUGCUAGAGAGGCUGCAGAGAAGGCUAAAAUUCAAGCUGACAACGUCGGGCAUAAGCUUCUGUCCAAAAUGGGUUGGAAAGAAGGUGAGGGUCUUGGCAGUUCCAGGAGUGGUCGUGCAGAUCCAGUUAUGGCGGGGAAUGUAAAACUGGACAAUUUAGGGGUCGGGGCAGAACAACCCGGUGAAGUUACCCCUGAAGAUGACAUCUACGAGCAGUAUAAGAAACGGAUGAUGCUUGGUUACCGGUACAGGCCAAACCCUCUGAAUAAUCCGAGGAAAGCCUAUUAUUGAGGAACCUGGCUCCUCUUCUCUUUAUUCAAGAUUGCAUUUUCCAAUUGGAGUUUGUUAAUCUGUAAAAGAUUAUCGUAGAGAAGGAAAAGAAAAAAGGUUGGUAUGGAAACUGACUAGUUCUCCUCUGUUGCACUCAAUCCGUUUGCAGAAAGUAGGAAAUGGUGAUGCAUUAACAUUUGGAUGUUGUUUUAACGUGUGGAUAUUUGCUGUAAAUCUUGCUGGGCUUGCUGUUAUUUUUCA